AUGUUAGCACAACCACGAGAGAAAAGUAAAGUUUGUGAAAUGUCUUCUGGUGGUCUGUUCGAUCUUUAUCCUACAUGUAUGUCAUUUUUUGCUAAUGAUGUGAAUAAUUACGCUGUUGGUGCUGAAAAUGGUAAUGCUUAUUGUGGACAACGGCAUAGCAGUCGUACGGGUGUUGCUGAAGAAACUUCACGUCAUGUUCCAUAUAAAGGACAUGGUGCACCUCUUACAGCCAUCUCUACUCAUCCAAGUCCUGGUGCUUUUAGUUUUUCAUCGCUGUUUCUUACUGCAUCAUUAGAUUGGACUGUACGUUUAUGGUCUACACGUGAACAUAAACCUAUACAUACAUUUGAUGAUUAUUCGGAUUAUGUAUAUGAUGUAUGCUGGAGUCCUAUACAUCCGGCUGUAUUUUCCGCUGUUGAUGGUACUGGAAAUUUAGAUAUAUGGGAUAUGAAUCAAGAUGCUGAAAUUCCUGUGGCUCGUCGCAAAUUAGGAUUAUCAAGCAAUGUAGACACAUCUUCAUCGUCAUCAUCUGGUCUAGUUGGUGUUGCUUUAAAUAAAUGCCGUUGGAAUAUUGCAGGCACACAUGUAGCUGUUGGAGAUGAUACCGGUCGUGUUACUGUUUGUAAUGUUCACGAAAGUCUUUCUCAACCUGCCACUGAUGAUUGGUCUAGUUUCGCACAUGUAUUAUCUGAUCUUAAACACUAUGAAAUGGAGCCAGAAGUAGAAACAGAAGCAUAA